AUGCAUCAGAAAGAUCAAAAUCGGAUCGGAAGCAAGCCCAUGCAGGGGCAGAAACUGGUCUUCCGAGUUCCGAACUACAAAUCAAGGAAUGCCCUGCAUGAAUCAUCGGAAUCGACCGAGCAGAUUUAUCAUUCUAGAAGGGCCCAUCGCAAAUCCCGUUCGGGCUGCACAAACUGUAAACAGCGAAGAGUCAAGUGUGAUGAAGCCAAACCCCAAUGUCUACGAUGUCAGAAACAGGAUGUCGAAUGUGACUACUCCACCAAGCCUGUUCAACUAAAAAGCAAAAGCAUUGUUUCACAAUUCAUCGAUGCAUAUCCUGAAUUAAUCUCGCUCGACUCCUCGGCCUCAUCAAUGUCUUUAGCCAUGGUCUCUGAGAAACUAAACGAGUUACUAAGACCACUACCAGCAAAUGGCGCCAAACCGCCAUUCUCCCUUACAGAUGCCUCAGCAUCAAGCCGAACAAUACAAGCCCUGCACCACUUUUACAAAGGCCCAGGCUUCUCAGCAGAAAGCCCAAAAACAGUCCGCAUAGUAAUGGGCAAAAUGGUCCAACUAGCCUUCGAAACUCCCUUCCUCAUGCACGCAAUAAUAGGAGCAGCAACAACCCACCUUUGCUCCAUCGUCCCAGACAACAAAGUCUACCGCCUUGCAGAAGCCUACCACUGGCAACAAACAAUAAAGCAAUACUCGUGCGAAGUCUCAACAAGCAUAACACCUCAAAACAUGGACAAACUCUACUCAGCCUGCUUGAUGAUCUCAAUGCACUCUUUCUACCAAGAAACCUUCUCCCCACGCUCCUCAUUUGUCUUCUCAAACGACCCAACAAGUCUAACCUGGCUCCGCCUCCAAGGCGGACUCCGCUACCUCCUCGAACGGACUCUCCCCUGGUUACCGCAGAGCAUGUGGUGGGAAACAUUCAUGGAAUCCAGAGAUCCAACAAUCAACUUCGACGAUAAAUGUCCUGGGAGGAUUGGUCUUGAUUCUGAUUUGGCGGAUUUGUGUGCUAUCACUGAGGAAUCGACGGUUGAUAAUACGCCCUAUCUAUGGCCAUUGCGGAUGCUCAUGCCAAUUUUGGGGUUUGAGAGGUGUUCGGAUAGUUUUCAGAAGUAUAACACUUGGAUGGGGAGGCUGGAGGGGCCUUAUUAUGAGUGUUUACUUAGGAAGGAGGUCCCCGCGCUUGUGUUGCUUGCUUGGUGGCUUGGGCUUAUGUGUUUUGUUGAUGAGUGGUGGGUUAGGACGAGGGUGAGGUCUGAGUGUACUGCUAUCUGUAUGUUUCUUGAGGGGAGUUGCGAUUUACUUGUUUUGAGGUUGCUAGAGUUUCCGGCUGAGUGUUGUGGGUAUAAGUUGAGGCAUCAGCGAGAGGGAAAUUUGUUUGAGACUGGCGUAUUUGAUUUGUCUGGUAUGGGGGAUGAGGUUGUGUAG